AUGUCUUCCAUCGCGGUCAGCGACUUCAACUGCCACACGUUUUCGGAGCUCUGCGCUCAGCUGCCUCACGUGCCCCUCCCGGCCUUCGAUGCCCGGAAGUGUGCAUUGACAGCCGAUGCCUUCGGGCGGUUCCAUGUGGCGUUGGGAGAUGUGGCCAACUGCCCGGCCACACUUUCCAUCGAGGCAGCCUUGUGCGCGGGAAGCCUCCGGCAUCGGAGCUGGGGCGCGGCGCUGAUCUUCUACGAUGUUGCCCUGCAGCAUAUUGCCGCGAGUGGGGGCGCUUGGUGCUUCGACAGCUGGUGGAGACGUGGGCCUUCGGCGCAGGAGGUGUUUGCUGCGCACGGGGACGUUUUGAUGAAGAUUUUGUCGCAGGGGCCGGGGCCGAGCCUAGUUGGGACGCCCAUCCACAGUCUCUCAUGCCCGGUGCAGCACGGCUUGAGAAGCAACGACCUGGAACCCUUUGGCCAAAGCAUUGCGCAACUUGAGCUUAGAGCAUGGGGCCAAGAAGUGAGCAACGCGGGUCGUCCACUUUGGCGUGGUAGGGUGCUUGAGGGCGGCUUGCUUCCCAAAGUAAGCUGUCUCGUGCCGUUGGUGUGGCCCAGCCAAGAGGAGUUCCUCACUGCAAUCUUGGAAACCUAUGGCGCCGACUGCGAUGCUUUGCGCUUCUUCGUAUCUACGCCCACGACACCGGACGUAGCCACAACAAACUACUCAAUAGUAAACUUGCAUGCUUGGUACCCGCACGUGCCGCCCGACGACGAAAGCUUCCAUCGGCCAACUGGCCAAACUCCCCCACACGACACGUUCAACACCAUUGUGAAGCUGCUGCAUAUGCUACGAUGGGAAGCCGAACAGGGCCAUCAUCGAGAUGAGCAGUGGUGGCACUGCCGUCUGGAGCGCGACACCUUCUUCAUACCUGAGAACUUUCGAUACCUCGUGGCCUCCGAGCGCCUGGAUGCCUCCGAGUCGCACUACCUGGGAACGAGGCAGUUCAAUGAGGUGCCUCGCUUUGGCAUCUUGGCUCGGAGCAGCUCGCAGGAGUUGCUGGGCCUCCUGUUGCAAGUCCCCCUCGAGCACCGAGGGCAUCCCACCUUUCAGGACUGUGCAUUUGCGGUUGGGCACCGCGAGGAUCUGAUGCUCGCCACAUGCAUGCGACAAGUUGGGGUGCUGCCCAGCACAGUUACCACCGAUGUCUUUGGAAGGGAGUGGUUCAGCAUACGUCCGAUGCUCGGCAUUCUCACACAUCAUCCUCUGACGCACUACCUGCCCAACAGCACGCGAUCGAAUGAAGCCUGGAACUUCUGGAUGGGGCGCGCGCACAUGUACCUGCCCUGCAUCGAGCAUAUUCGGGUGUGGGUUGUGGAGACCCCAGUGUCCUUCAACUCAUUCAAGAACGUGUCCAUGUUUCACGAGGAUGACCGGCUAAACGUAGACCCAAACUGCCAGCUUAGGAG